AUGUCCGCUUUCCCCGGUCCCGUCUACGGGCUUGAGGUCCCGCCUGGCGAGAUCUUGAUCCCCGCCGGCAUGGAAUUCCCUGCCUCUUUCCGCAUCACCAUGGCUGCUCUCGACCCGACGGAGGAGCCCGAGGCGGACGAGGAGGGUAACAUUCCCAACGUCCCCCGCUCUACCCUGCGCCUCGUCAAGCGUGCCUUCCCCGGCCUUGACGAUGACUCGGAUGAUGAGAUUGACGACGAGUACAUGCGCGCCAUGCUCGCCGCCUCGGAUGAUGACGACGAGGAUGACGACGACGAGCCCAACGGCGGCCCCAGCGACGCCAAGAAGAAGAAGCAGUCCCUCGCCAUCAAGAAGCUCCUCGAGGCCGCCCAGGAGGAGGAGGAGGAGGAGGAUGAGGAGAUGGAGGAUGCCAAGCCCAACGGCGUCAAGAAGGGCAAGGGCAAGGCCAAAGCCAAGGCCGACGAGGAGGACGACGAGGAGGACUCGGACGAGGACUCGGAUGAUGACAGCGAGGAGGGAGCCGACCUCGAGAACUUUGUCGUCUGCACCCUCGACACGGAGCGGAACUACCAGCAGACGCUCGACAUCACCGUCAACCACGGCGAGAAGGUCUUCUUUGUCGUCACCGGCACCCACACCGUCUACCUGACGGGAAACUAUGUCAUGGACGACGAUGAGGAUAGCGAGGACGAUGAGGACUACGACUUCGACCCCGAGGAGCUCGAGGAUGCCCUCGGCUCCGACGUCAGCGACGACGAAAGCGACGAGCUCGACGACAUCCGCAUCGAGGAGGUCGACUCCGAGGAGGAGGCCCCCAAGCUGGUCGAGACCAAGAAGGGCAAGAACAAGCGCGCCGCCGAGGACGCGGCCGAGAACCUCGACGACAUGAUCAAGGCCGACGACGCCAAGCUGUCUAAGAAGCAGCAGAAGAAGCUCAAGAACAACAAGGGCGAGGCUGUCGCGGCCGAGGAUGGCAAGAAGGACAGCAAGAAGGUCCAGUUCGCCAAGAACCUCGAGCAGGGCCCUACCGGCUCCGAGAAGGCCAAGCAGCCCGCCAAGGCCUCCACCGGCGUCAAGGUCGUCCAGGGCGUCACCAUCGACGACCGCACCAUCGGCAACGGCCGCACGGUCAAGAGCGGCGACACCGUCGGCGUUCGCUACAUCGGCAAGCUCGCCAACGGACAGCAGUUUGAUGCGAACAAGAAGGGCAAGCCCUUCUCCUUCAAGGUCGGCAAGGGCCAGGUCAUCAAGGGUUGGGACGUCGGUGUUGUCGGAAUGGCCAUCGGCGGCGAGCGUCGCCUGACCAUCCCCGCCAACCUCGGCUACGGCUCCCGCGGCAUGCCUGGCAUCCCCGCCAACAGCCAACUGAUCUUUGAUGUCAAGGUCCUCGAGAUCAAGUGA